AUGGAUUCAGCCACGCAGCUGCUGGAGAAAGCUAUCCACUGUCUGGAUGCGUCCGACUGGCCUUUCUCUGUCGCAGAGGUGUUGGCGCGGCUCAGCUGCAAUGAGCCUGUGUUGCAGCGCUGCUGGAUGAACCGCAUCGACUUCGUAGCAACGUCGAACCUCGGCAUUGCAAGCAAACAGUUGCAUGCUCAUCAAGAGGAUGAGCGUAAGUUCAACUUCGAGUGGCAGCGCGCCCUCCGAUUUGGCUUCCCAUCUUCUUGCGACUCGCCCACUCGGUGGCAAGCUGGAGAUGCUGGCUCCGUCUGCCGAACACUGGACAGGCGCAUAACAUGCCCUGAUGGAACAGCCAAAAACGAAUUUCAUCGGGUGGCCUCUUCUUGGUCAGGCUACUUAUCAGAUGGGUCCGAGGUCACCAGCUUACAUCGCAGAAGGUUCUGCCUGGAGCCCUUUGUGUGGCAAUUAAAAAAGCUGCUAGGCCUGGACUCGGAAGUUGGCUUCUGGCAUGCCUUGAUGGACCCAGCGUCCGAGACCAAUCAAGAUGUGGAUGCCGCAGCCUGGCAGAGGUAUGUCAGCUGGCACUACGGAGACAUCUGCGCGUUCGUGGAGAAAGCCAGAGCAGCUGCGGACAGGCAGUUUGGCCAUCCGCGCGUACUUAAUGCUGGGUCGGGGCCGCUGGCUCCCAAAGAUAUUGUUUGCCAAGAAGGCAAAGCAAUCCCAGUUGUUGCCGCCGAUGGUUUGGCAAGAUUUUACAUGCAGCUAUACGACAUCCUUGGCCAUGAGCCCCCCGCCGUGCCAGCUCAAUGCCCUACUGAGCUCUUGCAUCAAUGCUUUCCGCAGCAUCAUUUCGAUGUCGUGCACGUGCGGAAUUCGCUGGAUCAUGCGAAUGAUCCCUUGCUGGGGAUCCGUCAGAUGAUCCAUGUCGUUCGGCCUGGCGGAUGGGUGCUUCUUCGACAUGCUCAGAACGAAGGCGUUGCUGGACACUUCCAGCUGGGUCUCCACCAAUGGGCGUUUGAUGUGGAAGAUGCAGCGGACGGGCCGCACUUCGUGAUCUGGGGCCCAUCUCUGCGGGCCGAUGUCACACGGUGGCUUCUUUCUUCAAACCUCGCUGCAGAAGUCCGUGCGGAGCUGCGGCCACAUCCGUCCGGUGGGCCCGAGCCGUAUGUGUGGGUGGAUAUUCGCAAGCCGCUGCUCUAG